AUGCAUAAACUAACAUUGAAAUUUCGAGAUCCUUCUAUUGAAUAGAAAUACUAACAAGAACAUUAAUCUCCUAAAAGAAGAAUUCAUAUUAAAAUAUUGUUGUUAGUUUUGAUUGUGCUUUUGAUCAUUAGAUUAACUGUAGCAUUAAUAAAUAAAAAUUAUGAAGUAAUUUACCCUUUACUUGGAACGAUGCCAUUCAUAGCUUUUACAAAAUUCUUUAAUUUUAAUAAAGAAUAACACUAGCGAGCAUUAAUCACUUACAUUAAUAUUGGCUAUUCAAUAUAUCUGAUUUUCUUUGAAACUCCUUUAGAUACUCCAGUUAUGUAUUUUAAAGGAGCCUAUUAAAUGACUAUUAAUAUUAUCAAUAUACUACGAAUUGAAUUUGUGGAAUCGAUGAUAACAAUUAUUUUAUUGCUCUCAUUUAGAUUAUGUCACCUUAUUUUAAAUAAUUCAAUAGUAAAUAUUACUUCUAUUAUAAUGGGUAUUGGAGUUAAUUUAUUUUUAAUUAUUAUUGUCUAUUUAUAUCAUAAAGCUAUAAGAUCAUAAUUUCUCUUAACUAAAAUUGAUUAAAGGUGGGAGAAUAUACUAAAAUAAAUUCUUCAUAAUUAAAAAUUUAUCUUAAUCAAUUAUCAAAUUGAAAAGUUGUAAUUUUAAAGUGUUACUUCUACUUUUUCAUAAUCUAUUCAAUCAUAAGAAGAUGUCAUGAGAUUUUUAAGGGAAAGCAAAGUAGAUGAUAAUAGCUCAUUAGAACAAUAUUUAUUUCAUAAGUUAUAAGAUUUGUCUUAAAACUAUUUGAAAAUUGUGAAUCAUUCAAUAAAUAUAAAGUUUGAUAAAUAAUUAAUAUCUGUUGAUUUUUCUAUCUUUUUUGGAAAUUAACCAACUAUCCUAAUUUAGACCUGUUAAUAACAAAUUUAUUUUCAAAAUUAAGAAGUUUAGAAUGUUUGUCAAUCGUAUUUAAAAUUAUUAACUGUUUUUAUUAAAAUAAUUAAGAAAAAAAUACCUUUAGAUUAUAAUUAAUUCCAUAAUUUAGCUAAUAAAGUGUAAAUUUAAGAAAUAAUAACAUCAAUUUGGAGUUAACAAAUGAUAUCAAAGGUUAUCAGUCUUGAAAAAUCUUUGUUAAAAAUGUAAAAAUUCUGUAAUCCAAAUACUAUAAUUAAACUUGUUGGUUCAGAUUAGUUCAUAAAUACUAUUCCGAAAAUAUUUUAUUUAUUAUUAGCUUGCAUAAUGGAUAGUUCAACUAGUUAAUUAAUCAUAAUUAAAGGUUAGACUAUGGAAAAUUAAUUGAAGCUAAUUAAAAUACAAGGACAAUUCAAAAUUAAAAAAUUAAAUAAUUAUACUAGAAAAAUUAAGAAUUACUUACUUCUUAUAUGCAAAGAAAUCAAAGCAUAAUAAUUUUGUAUAAUAUCUCAUUAUUUUCUUUUAUAGCUAUUAAUCUUGAAUUAAAUGAAGAAAUUUAUUAACCAUUUACUAAUCUUGUAAUGCCUUAAUACAUUUUCAAUUAUUCAAAGAAGAGGCUCACUGAAUGA